GCCUGUACCGUAGUGUAAUAAGGAAAUAUUGCUGUUGACCAGAGUAAGCACCGAACAUUGUAAUUCAGAGCAUUUUUGGGGCAUAUUUUUUAUUAUAGUUUAAAGUGCAAUGAAUCAGCUGUUUUAACAAUCAACAACAACAGUCUGGCCUCAGUCGAGUGGAGGGUAUGUUGUGCCGCACGUGUCUCCUUGGACCCGCAUUAUGGCCUGCAACCAGCCACGCCAGACACGGAGGGCGACUUCCUGCGUGCGGAAACAAGAAAGAAGGAACAUUGUGACCCACAAGACCAAUGUUGCUGAUGUUGAGAUCACUUACCCCAGAAAGGGAACGAAGGAAACGAAACUUGGAGACUUCGACAAAGAAACUAAGAAUAUCACUCCUUUGAAGCAAUACAUGCGCAACGUAGACCCGGAGGAUUUAAACAUUAUCUCAUCAACCCAUGCUGAGGAAACCUUCUCACUGAGGCAAGACAAAGACACCGCACCUUUGAAACUCGACCAGGAGGCUGUUGGUACAAAUGAAUCCUCGUCUGAAAGUGAUGAACCUACUUUGCAUGACGAAGAUCGUGUAAGAGAAAGUGGCUUCAAAGAGUGUGGUGAAUUAAUGAAAUCUGAAGAGAUGAGUGAGACAGAGAGCGAUGAAGAAUGGCGUGAAGUGAUGAGCGAUGGCCAAAGUGAACUGGUAGAAUCGUUCCAGCUGACGUGCAACUUAUCGCAGGAUUCCACUUACGAGAAGGAAGACGGCCCCAACGGUGAGCCCCGAGAGGAUAUCCUGCCGAGGAACUGUAAGGAGGCCAGCACUGAAUUGGACGACAUGUGCUGUUUGGGAUCUGAACUAGGGCCAUGGAGUUCAGAUGUUCCAUACAAGUAUACACUGGCGAAGAAGAGGAAACGGCAUGGUCUUGAAGCAGUGGUAGACGGUAUGAGAAAAGCUAAAGGGGAGAAUAUCAAAACAGAAAAACGCCGAAGCAUUGACGAGGCCACGCUGAGAAUGUACAUCAGAAUUUCGAAGAAGGAAAAGGGUGUGUGGCAAGUCAUCAAGGAUAAAAGAAAACGCCUGUACGAUGAAAAAGCAAAUCGCUACAAACUAAAACCAGAAGAGGGCGAGCCGCAUGAUGCAUUAUGGAGAGGGGACGAAGACGAAGACGACGAUUACGACAAUGAAUAUGAAGAGAGUGAUGAAGACCAGCAGAUGAUGGUAAGGAGGAGGAAGGUGCGCCGUUCUUACGACUCCAGUUUGGAAAAUCAGUUGUUGCGGGAUAUGAAAACUGAUUUGGUGACUCGUCUGCAGAAGAUAAAGAAACAUCGGGGGGCAGCGGUAGUGUCAUCUUCGUGUCUGAGCAAUGACCCCGAGCUGCUGCUGACUCCGAUCCAGGAUGAUGACAAGGAAGAGAAGGAGAAGACAAAUGUCGACAGUGAAACCUCACGCUCCCAGACUCCCGAGAAGGAACAGGUCUUUACGCGGAAGGACAGAGGCAAAUUGUACAAGAUUGAGAAUGAGCUGGAAGAUCAUGAUCUGGAAGGGUGGUUUGACGAGGAGGUGCGGGAAGAAAGGCGCCGUAAAUACCAGCAGAACUACGAGAUGAUGGGUCUGGCUCAGGCAAGCAUUAACUUCGGGCAAGUAAAUGAAUACCUCAGGGAAUGGCGCGCUGGCGAGGGCUCCAUCAUGCUGGAGCCACGCCACUUUGUCCUACCGCACAAGAUGGCGCAGCAUCCCUGGAUCAAGAAGGGUAUUACUCGGGAAGAGUUCGAGAAACGUGAGAAAAAGAGGGCAGCGGCGGCAUACGCUAAGUGGGCGGUGAAAUCAAAGUAUGAGAAAACAAUUGCGUCAGUUGAGAGGCUAGGAAGACGGUACGAGAACAUCUUUGUUGAGCGUCUAAAGGCGGCCAUGACCGACUACUGGGAAGGGACGGAUUGGAUCACUUUGGACGACUGGCUACGUAUGUGUCCCCUUUUGAUACACGGCAAGAAUGCCAAAAAGACACUCUUUCAUGCUCUGCCACAGUUUCGUAAUUCAGAUAUGAAUGUCCUCUUCAAGAGCUGGCUGGAUAUUUGUCCGCUGAGGGAUGUCCUUCCGCUUCAUCAUAGGAUUUGCCAGUGGAUCUGUCUUCUGGAAGACCCGACUUGGUGUGUUCUGGAAGUUAUUAGUCACGUGAAGGUACUCAAUAUUAUCAAGGCUAAGAGAGUUAACCGGAUUACAUCUCCCCGACCUGAACCCACCCGUCAUUUCAUAAAGUACGUCUCUGCAGAUUACGAAAGAAACCUUUGGCAGAGGUUCAUUUAUGAGGUUUACAUCAAAGGACGUGAAAAGGAACUGAAGAAGUUUGUAAUAUCUGAGGGUGACUGGGAGAAGAUACAAGAGCCCCUACUGCACUGCGACCGACUGAACAAGAUUAAGUAUGUAGAUCCUGUGGCGAAGCACCUGAAAGUCCUCAAGUCUUUUCUAAAGAGGGGAAACAAAUUUUGUAAGCUACGAAGUCCUACCAUUCGCGAUAUGAGUAGCAGUGACAGCAACAGUGAGAAUGAUAAUUAUGACAAGGAAACCAGCACGCUGGAAGAUGACUUUCUGAGGACUGAGUCAGUGGAGAGAAGGAAUGUGUCACAGAGAAAGUGAGAUGGCUGAUAGCAAUUAACAAGUAUUGAACUAAACUGAGAAAACACGUAUAGAGAAGGCAAGGCAAGUUUUCCAAAUCUAUAAAAAAUUAAUGUCGGUGAUGCAAACGAGGACGAGGAAUAUCUGACUGCCGAUAUGAUGCUUUUCCUGAGGGUGGGACACAGAAGGCGACGAAGAGCUGGGCCAUUUCAACUUGAAGGAGACCAGCGAAACCUGUUUUUCCCGAAAUGAAUCGAAACAAUGGAAGUUAUGAAGAUAAGGGUAAUGGAUGCGCGACACGACCUUAGAGUAAUAAAGUCUUGAGCUAGAUUACUAAUAGAGAAAAUCUCCUCUCAGUUAUUCAAGGUACUUCGAGGAGGGUCACAAUAAACAAUACGCAUGCUGCUUCAGUCACCACCACCUCCACUACUACAACACUCCAAGGACCCAAACCAGGUCAUCCUACGUACGAUACUCCUCUCUCUUGCAUCGUUUAUCUUUUCUUUUAUUGAUUAUUAGCCCUAUUGAGGUUGGUACCAUUUUAUUUCUUAAGGAAUUGUUACGCAUUGUUAGAAAAUGUAACUACGUAUUGUAUCGUUUUAAUAUAGUAUCCAGAGCAGUGAUUGUAUAGUUAUUAUCACCUUCAUUUUUGG